AUGCCGCUCCUCGCGGCCUCCGCCGCCCGCCUGGCGCCCCUCGUGUCGCUGCUCGCGGCGUGCGGCUGCGCGCCGUGCGGGGGCACGGAGCUCUCCAGGGGCCAAGAGGCGUGCCGGCGCGACGAGCUGCUCGAGAGCCACGUGUCGCUCCUGCAGAGGGGGCACGGCGUCGCCGCGCCGGCGGCGCCGGCGGGGCCAGCGGCGCCGAGGGCGCCGCUGGCCUCCAGGCCGCAGACGGCGGCGCCCCCUCCGGCGGGCGCCUCCGCCGCGCCUCCGGCGCUGCCCAGCGCCCCUGCCGGUGCCUCCAGCGCGCCGGGCGCCGGCGCCAGCGCGCCGAGCGGCGCGCCGAGCGGCGGCGGCGGGCUCGCGGAGCUGGUGAGGGCGGUGGCCGCCAUCGCGGCGGAGGCCACGGCGCUGGCCGGCGAGGGCGCUGUCGCGGGGCUGCCGGGCGCCACCGCCGAGCGCCCCGCCGGCGCGGCCGCGCCCGCGGUGCCCUCAGCCUCGGAGGACGAGUCCCUCGCCACCCCCGCGCUGCUGGGGGGCGCGCUCGGGGCCGUGAUCGGCACCGCCGCCGGCGCGGGCUGA